AAAGUGAUCUCCAAGUCUUCUCGCUCGCCGCUCUCUCGCUCUUGUGUGCUCUCGAUCUCCAUUGCACGGAGCCAGCUUGAUCGUGAGAAGAUCCAGCCAUGGCGGAGACCAAAGCCUUCACCAUUCGCACCCGCAAGUUCAUGACCAAUCGCCUCCUCUCACGAAAGCAAUUCGUCAUCGAUGUCUUGCAUCCUGGCAGAGCCAACGUUUCCAAGGCGGAGUUGAAGGAUAAAUUGGCGAAGAUGUACGAAGUGAAGGAUGAGAACUCGAUCUUUGUGUUCAAGUUCAGAACGCACUUUGGUGGUGGGAAGUCAACGGGUUAUGGGUUGAUCUACGACAGUGUUGAAAACGCGAAGAAAUACGAGCCUAAGUAUCGCCUCAUCAGGAAUGGACUGGCCACUAAGGUUGAGAAGUCAAGGAAGCAAAUGAAGGAAAGGAAGAACAGAGCAAAGAAAAUCCGAGGUGUGAAGAAGACAAAGGCUGGAGAUGCUGCCAAGGCAGGGAAGAAGAAGUGAGGUCUCUUCAUCCUUCCAGUGAAGGAUUCACAAUUUGGUGGACACUCUUGGGUUAUUAUGAUGUGGAAUCUUUUUGCUGCCUGGUUUUUUAUUAUUUACUUUUGAACUGUUGUAGUUUUGAGGAAGUUUUCUUUUGUGAACCAUGAUACACAUUAGCUACAAGACCGGCUUUAUCUUUCUAAUUGCUUGGAGUAAUUCAAUAGGUGUUAUUUGGUUUGAUUA